AUGGAAGAAGCCAAGAAGGGAUUGUUCAUGUGCUCAGCCGCGAGAUUGACGAAGUGCGGCGACGGCGGCGGCGAGCUCGACGACGACCCCGUCCCGACGCUGCUCUUCACCGCCGGAACCGCUCUCGCCGCACUGGGCCUGAAGCGCGCCGUCCUCGCUUCCCUGUGGAAGCAAUGCUGGCACGUGUGGUGGGUCUUCGUGCUCCUCAACGUCAUCCUCCUGGUCGUCCUCUUUACUUCCAGGCGCUCGAGCUCGACGACGCCGGGCCACCACCGAAAGAAUCAAGAAGCGGUACCGGAGGAUGACGGGGAACGGACGUCCAAGAAGCAGCAAAGGAAGAGAAAAUCGCGGCGGUGCUCCAGGUCUUCGGCGGUCGAAAGAGCACGUGGCGAGCGCGAGGAAUCGGUUUACCAGGAAACAGAUGGUCGGAGCGGGACCGAGGAGCAAGAUGCGGCACGGGAGGACGAUCAAGCAGGAGCCUACGAGGGGCUGUCGGACGAGGAGCUGAACGAGAAAGUCGAAAGUUUCAUUGCGACGUUCAGGCAGCACUUGGUUUCUGAUGCGAGGCGGAGGUGA